GUUGGACAUUGUAUGACAUUGUGUUGGCCCGCAUGGAUGCCAUAAUGACUCCACAAAUGUUCGAGUGUUUGGUCAACACAUGUUCCUAAAACGUUACGCGAUGUUUUUGUUGACCAGUGUUUAUUUUCCCCGAUGACAACAUCAAAUCUUGCGCUGUCACGUGACGCAAACUUCAAAGUCCCAGCCGGGACCACCCCAUGACCGCAGCGACUGUCAGAACAAGCCUGGCCGUGUGCCCGCGCAAGUCUUUCCCCUGACGAUUGUUACGAGUAUACAUAUUCUUCAGACACAUUCCGGAUACGAAUCCACUGCCGUUGAAGCAUUCACGAGCCGUUUCAUCUAUCAGCAUCGUUGCCUUUUCGGAGUCAAAGCGGUAAAGCGGAGACCAACGCCGCUAGGAAUGUACGCACCUAGCCAAAGACAGCGAUCAAAACAUUGCUAGGCACGUCCACUAGACGGGUAGCUAUGCACGCCGCUGAGCAAACAUAGCAGGGCAGUGGGACUCGUGUACUGAUCGUUCUAGUGCCGGGAUCUGCUGAGGCAUUACGUGGAUAUAUUUCAACCGGCAAGAGGAACUGAGAAAGAAAGCUGUGGGAAAGUAGAGAUUGUGAAUGUGUUGCGGAAGUUUUGGUUGUGUUUUUCUCAUCACAGUGCACCGCUGGGUAGAGCAAGCGGCGGAGGAGACCUCACCCCCCGCCCGGGCGGUAUUUCUGUGGCUCCCGGCUGUAGUGACAUACACGGCUCAGCGGUGUUGAGUUGCUGAUCUGUCAGUCGUGAGGUCGAGCUGCUAUCAAUUUUGUUCGGAGAAACGGGCGGUUCACUACACACUCGCUAGAGCUAGCCCGGGGUGUAGGAGGCACUGCCAUCCAUGGUACUGCUACAGGCGGACAGUAGCGCGCCCAGGACUCUGCCAAAUAGCUGCAUCUUCAGUGCCGGGCAGUAUGAGACGCUGAAACAACAACAACAGGGCCAGGCAAGCGGCAUGGCAGCUAACGGGGGCCAUCCGGACACCCGGCCGGGACCGGGGGAUGGCGCUGUGCACAGCGAGGAUUCCAAGCCUCCUGUGCCAAAGAGAACCCCACGAUCGAAGCGUGUGAAGCCCGUUCUACGAACGAUGCGUAGUUUUGACUCUACUUUGCCGUCCCACCAAACUGUUAUGGCUAGGAUUAACGAGGCCAAUGCCAGUUUGGCGUCCAACGGGGUCCACUCCGACAGCGAGUCGUCGGCAUCGCCAAGCCCUCGUGGUGGGGAAAACAUUCCCAACCCCUCGGGCACGCCCCCACCCCCCGUCCGGCCAACGCUGCGGUCCUUACGGAGCUUCGACGCUAGUCUUCUCCAAAACUACCAAGUCCCGCAGGACGACCCUAACCUGGCCGGGAUAAAGUCGCUGCAGUCUCGCUUCAAGUCGCUGGACUCCCCCGGGGUGGCCCGGAGGGCUCGGGCACAGCUGGAUCGCGUUCGCGACCGAGUCGGACUGAUUUUCACGGCGGGCGGGACCGGCUCCUCCCCCGGUAGCGCGGAGUCCACCCCGCCUGCCAGCCCCAGAACCCCCCGUAGCCCCAGGAUCCAUCUUCGAAGGAAGUUCCACUUCCUCCACAGUUCUCCUUCCGCUAACGAUCAGAACUCUGUCCCUUCCCACACAGUUAUGCACAAGGCCAAGUCGUCCUCGUCUUCUUCUCCCUCUGGACAUCACCACGCCAACAAAGUCUUCAAGAGAUGGAGAAGCAAAAACAAGCUCCUCAUGUCUCCUACAAGCGCCGCAGCUUCCCAACUCUGGAGCCCUGAGGGCAACUGCAGAUGGAACAGCAUGAGCGGCCGCUGCGUGCAGGUCGCCACGACGAGCAUGUCGGACCUGUGUGAGGAGGAGCGGCGUGCUCUGCGGGACGUGAGCCUAGCGAGACUCCACGGGCUGGACUUGGACUGUCAGAUAACGCUGCCAAAAGAAGAGACUGAGGGAAAGAGAAAAAGAUGGCACAGUCUGUCACUGAAGAAGCGACAUCAGAGUGGUGGCAGUACAACACACGGUGGUCUAGUGCUGAAAGACAGAGGGAAAGAAAACAAAGAUUCGGGAGCACAGGGUCAGGUGUUUGGCAUACCUCUGUCCAAGGUCAUUGCCAACGAAGAGACAAGACGACAGAAGAAGAACUUUCUCCUGUGCGAGUGGACGGGAGAACGCGGCAGGAAGAACGACGCGGCGAGAUCCCCCCAGCCCCUGGUGAGAUCUUCCAGCAGCUCUUCCAUAAGCUCUACCUCAGAAGUCUUCAACCAAAGCACAGCAGCGCCCCCUGUUAGCCCUGACAUUGCCCGGUAUCGCAGGUCCAGGAAAAGAAGAGAUGCAAUCUCAGUAGACUCCCUCACAGACCUGUCGGACCGUUACGGACACUCCCCGCUGUUAGAUGCCCUCGCGCUGUCCUCCACAGCCACGCCCCGUCGGAACGCUGUGUUCAGAGUGAAGGCGCAGCUUCCCAGGGCCCCACAAGUACCUCAGUUUGUGCACUGCUGUUUCCACCACCUCCAGAAAUAUGGUCUACAAGUACUAGGCAUCUUCAGAGUUGGAGGAUCUAAGAAGAGAAUACGACAGCUGCGUGAGGAGUUUGACAGUGGGCGGGAUGUACAGCUGACUGAGGAACACAACCCACAUGACAUCGGGGCUCUCCUCAAGGAGUUCUUCCGAGAUCUUCCCGAGCCACUCAUGACCAAGGAGCUAUAUCAGGCCUUCAUUGCUACCAGAAGAAUGGAAGAUAACCAGAUAGCCGUGCUGCGUCUGCUGUUAGCCCUGCUGCCAGUCCCUAACAGGGACACCCUGUACGCCCUGCUACAGUUCCUGGCAGUGGUGGACCGUCACUCCCAGGACUCCGUUGAUGAAAAUGGACAGGAGGUGCCAGGUAACAAGAUGGAUUCCCACAACUUGGGUACACUGUUUGGACCCAACAUCCUGUACCGGGAUCGCGACCCAAACCCGAACGACGGGGAUGCAGCAAACAGGGUGGACGAGCAGAGAGAUGUCAUCCAGGUCAUCAAGUUCAUGAUCGAAAACCAUGAGAAACUCUUCAAGGUUCCUGGUCUGCUGUACGAUGAGGUUCUCCAAAACUUGCUGGAAACUGACCCAGAGGCACUGGACAUCAUACUGAAGAGGAAGUGUCAGAGCAUGGAGACUCCAUCAAGUCGGACUGCCUCCCUGCGCGGGAAAGUCAGUCCAGCUUCUACUCCAGUGGUUACUCCAGUCCCAACGUUAGCCGACAAGUGUCCUACGACUACAACAUCAGUGGGAGCAACCUGUCCAUGUCCGGUAGCAACUUAUCCAUGUCCGGUAUGAGACCUGCGCCAAUUGUCGCCACACCCCCGGAAAGCCCGUCCCCAAAUAGUCCACGCAGACUUGCAGGGCUGGUGAACCAGGCUUUCCAAAUGCCGGCCAACGAGAAGCGGCCGCGUGACCUCAGCAUCAGUACCGUGAGCAGCGACAUGUCCCUGUCGUCAUCGGUCAACAACAGCCCGCUAGGGAACAGUCCCGUGAGUCCGAAGGGACCGUCGGCCCCCUGGGGUUUAAGUUUGAGCGGACCGGUGGUGUUGCCGUCACACACAGCACACACGCUGACUCCGCCCCACUCCCCGAGAUUGACAGAGGGUCCGAGGCUCCUAAACAACAACGUGGUCCCGAGUAACAAUGUUCUACAGACCAGACGGGAGGCUGGACAGACUGAUGCACAGAUUCAGAGGGAGCUUUGGCAACAGUGGGAAAAGGUACGAUUUACGUCAAAGUCGUGAGAGACCAGAACUUGUCAGAAAAAGAUUUUCAAAGACAUUGACAUGAAGCAAGGCUGUCAUAAGGGAACAAACAUGGCAGCGACAGUAGAGGCCAACAAAGGGAACAAAAUUAGUGACAGUCUUAAAACCACCAUUUAUAGAUAUCUCUAGUUAUACUAUUUUAUCAACAUCUAUGUUGGUAGUAUUAUGUGAUGUAUGUAACGGAUGUGUCUUUGUGUGCAAGACGUUUGCUGGUAGGUGGUCCAGGUGCAAUGUGUGUGGGAAUGUCGCAGUAAUAAUAUUAUGGUGUCUAUGGAAACUACGUUUUCUCGCUGGCAGACACCAUAAUAUUGGAUGGGUACUGUGUGCUUUAAAGCCUGUUCUUUGUUAUAGAUAUUAUAACAAUAACUAAAGGUGUGGCUAUUAUGAUAUUGGGUGUAACAUCCACAAGUGUACAUAUGUAAAUACAGACGUUAUCUGGUCAUUGGGUAGUGAGAAUAUUAGGCACCCGUUAUUUUUGCAUUAUUGUGAGCAAUCAUAAACAAAAUUAUAGUGAUGUAUAAAGUCUGCUGUCUGUAAUGGCAACCUUUUAUGCUUGUACGCUUCCUAGGAAUGAACAGAAUCAAUAUUCCUGUAUAUGUAUUUCAAGCUAAGUAUAUUAUUGCAUAUCAUUACAUGGUAUCGCUCCAGUUUAAAGAGUAUAAAGAAUUCAAUACUCUGCUCUAUCAAUAUGUGAAAUAUUCUUAUUCUUAGUAAUCUAGGUUAGAUAGGUUGGUUUCAAAUAUUCAUAUAAUGAGAAUUUUAUGCAUCUCUGCACUUUUGUAUAUACAUUGUACAUGUUUAUCGCAGCACUUUCUAUCUUGGGUUGAAUGUUUUUUUUUUUUAGUUCUGUCAUUUUUAGGGCUUUAGCACUUUUAUUUUACAUUGUCAAACUGACAAAGCUGCCAUAUCUAUUGGGUUGUAUCAUACUUGUUGACUGACAACAUUUACAGUAUUAGUGUUGACACUGUACUGGGAAACUACUGCAUAUUAACUAUUGUAUCACUAGCAUAAACAAGAACAGAUAUUAUGCCUAACUAAAAGGGACAUGACAGUACAUACAAUAGAAGGCAUUUCUGUUUAGUGAUGUUUAGUGAUGUGUUCCCACGUGUGUUAUGAAGUGUCGUAUUAUACUUCUGUGACACAGGAAUCGACCACUAUGAUGUACUGAGAAAUAUAUAUUUAGUGUUUCGUGUAGAAUUUGUAAGACAAGCUGGUCGGACAAUGUGGAAAGUCUACUUGUGUGCAGUACUUAGAAAUUGUUGACUCUGUUCUAUCUAGUCUGUGGAAGUGUCAAAGAAAUCUUGGAUGGAAAUGUGAUUGCUGACAGAAAAUAUAUGAGACUCGUAACCGUU